AUGACUGAAUCAAUCUAUGCCAAUUACCCACCAAGCCUGUCUCCGACACAGCAGGAAUUUCUGGUCACUACCAUUAAAGAUUGGGCAAUCCAGAAUGGCUUAGCUGUAAGACCGCCACCGACAUAUGUGCCGGAAGGCACAGACCCAAAUCGAGUCCUGGCGACAACUGCUCCCGUUACUCUGUUUCCCAGUCCAUUCCCUCGAUCUUGCUUCCAGGAAGCCGAGGCGCUACAAACCGCGUACAACCGGCUCUAUGCCACCAUUACAAAUGACGAAAAAUGGCUCGGAAAGAUCAUUGAAGACCUGAUAGAUGUCGAUGACUUUGUCGCCAAUUUAUGGAAAACGCACCUGGCUGUCAAAGAAGAAGGAUACGUGCAGGACUUGUCUCUGGGACUGUUCAGAUCUGACUACAUGGCCCAUGAAACCGCCAACAACGCACCGGAGUUGAAGCAAGUGGAGUUUAAUACUAUUUCCUCAUCAUUUGGCGGCCUGUCAGCGCUUGUGAGGUCUUUACAUUACGACCUUCUCACCUCUCCUCCCGGGUUUUCAUUGAGCUAUCCACCGCACCCUCUCUUCGAAUCUAAUGUCCCACCCGAGAACACAGCAGUCGAGACCCUCUCUGGGGGAUUGGCGGCAGCACACAUAGCGUAUGGGCCAUCCAAGUCCUCUCCAAAGCUUCCCUUGGCAAUUCUCUUCAUAGUUCAGGAUGGAGAGCGAAACGUCUUUGACCAGCUAGCCUUGCUCAAGCGACUGACCGACUUCCACAAGAUUCCUGUCUUCCGCGUGAUAAGUAGCAAGAUUCUCGACCAGACAUCCAUCCCUGCCUCGGAUCCUUCUCGACCUCUUGUCUACACUCCACCCCACUCCCCAACGACUCCAUUCGAAGUAACAACGGUCUACCUACGUGCAUACUACUCUCCUGAUGAAUACAAAAGCAGCCGUGAUUGGGAGGCGCGGACGCAUCUGGAGCGCUCGGCCGCAAUCAAAUGUCCCACCGUGUUAAACCAGCUCUCUGGUUGCAAAAAGAUCCAGCAAGUCUUGGCAGAGCCCUCUGGACCGGAUCAUUUGUCAAGCUUCCUCAAGGGGACAGAUUCUUCCCUGAUCGAGAGACUUCGAAAAACCUUCGCUCCGCAAUAUGAUCUUUCUGAAUCGGGACAAGGGCGGGAUCUGGCCCUUAACCCAGAAUCUGCGCUGAAGCACGUACUUAAGCCGCAACGAGAAGGUGGUGGAAACAAUGUUUACAAAUCGGAAAUUCCAGGCUUCCUGAAGUCAAUUCCCGAAGCUGACUGGAAGGGCUGGGUUCUGAUGGAAUUGAUUAACCCUGCAGCCAAUGCCGAGAAUGUUGCUCUGAGAAACGACGGCGAAGUCUUACGUGGGAAUGUCAUUUCAGAACUUGGUGUUUACGGUACCAUUCUUUGGGACAACAAAGGCAAUGUGCUACAUAACGACCAAGGUGGCUGGCUCCUGAGAACGAAAGGUAAGGAGGUGAACGAAGGCGGCGUUGCCGCAGGAUUCUCCAGCUUGGACAGUGUUCUCCUCUUCUAG